CAGCGCUCAGAUCGCUGACUGGCUAGAAAUCUGUUAAAUAUUCAUAAGGGGCGGGCCACGCUGGGCUGCCUUUGUUAACUAGCGAGGGCGCGGGAGCGGUCAUUCUGGUUGCGGGGUUUACCGAGUGUUGUUUGCUUGAGUGGGAUCGAGAUGUCCUACAUCCCAGGCCAGCCGGUCACCGCCGUGGUGCAAAGAGUUGAAAUUCACAAGCUGCGUCAAGGAGAGAACUUAAUUCUGGGGUUCAGCAUUGGAGGUGGAAUUGACCAGGAUCCUUCUCAGAACCCCUUCUCUGAAGACAAGACAGAUAAGGGCAUUUAUGUCACACGGGUGUCUGAAGGAGGCCCUGCUGAAAUUGCUGGGCUGCAGAUUGGAGACAAGAUCAUGCAGGUGAAUGGCUGGGACAUGACCAUGGUCACACACGACCAAGCCCGGAAGCGGCUCACCAAGCGCUCAGAAGAGGUUGUGCGUCUGCUGGUGACACGACAGUCGCUGCAGAAGGCAGUGCAGCAGUCUAUGCUGUCUUAGCAGACAGCCAGGACCCCCAACUUUUGCCUGCCACCUGUUUGUACAGUGACCCCACUUCUACACUGUCUGCUGCUCCUCCUGGUUUCUGCUGCGUGCUGGUUCCACAUCAGAAGGGCAACAGCUGGGCCUAGAGGCUUGAGCCAGCCUUCCUUCCACUCCCACUCCCAGGCAAAGGCUCUGGGACCUUCUCCUUUGGACAGAGGACUGGAAACGAGGGCCUGGAGCUGAGUGAUCGCUGGUCUACAAUGACCACAGGCUCAGCCCUCAGGCCCUGCUGCCUGGCUGCUGUACUGUCCAGGUUAGUAGGAAACACUACUUUCUCUGAGUUGCCAAAGCUGGGGAUUCCAGUGGGGCCAGCUUUCCCCCGAUUUGCCCCUGGCCAUGGGGCUUGGCCCUGCCUUCACAUCACUUCUAAGGUGCCCCACACUUUGCCCACCAUGUUGCCCAUUGUGGGCUGGACCCACACACUGCCAGAGGCACUAUGAAGGUUCAUCUGGAUGGAAACGGGCAGGCUCCCAUUCACCCCCACAGGGGUGCUGGCCUCUCCAGGGUUUGCCUGCUUCUAGGAUUUAAGUGAGGCUUAACAUUUCUGGGCAGCUCUCAGGAUUGCCACUUUUCUCUAUGCCUGUGGGUUUAACUUUUGUAUUUUUUUAAUCACAACUUUGAUACAAUUGUUUUUAUCUUAAUAUUUGGAGAUGCCAAUUCUACUUUUGAAGUAAGCUUACUAAUUCACAUCUGGGCGCAGCUACUUAGCACAUCAAUAAGCCUUACUUUAUUGUGGAAAUGGGCAGCGUGAUGAUGCCCCAUGCCUGACAUCUUGUGCUCAAUAAACAAUGCUGGUAUUCACAGAAA